AUGCAGCCUUCCAGGUGGUUGCUAGGCAUUUUCCUGUGGUUGCUAUGCAUCACGGAUGUCAGGACAGCGACCUUUAAGCUGGCUCUGAUUGGUCCGUGGUCAUGUGACCCCAUGUUCUCCAGAGCGAUGCCAACGGCUGCAGCUAACCUGGCGUUGUCACGGUUACGCAGCGACAGCGGUCUGAGCAGAGGAUACUGGUACGAUAUCAAACUGCUGAGUGAAGAUUGCUCCGCCUCCAAAGCACUCACAGAACUUGGGGAGCUGGAGGGCUACGGCCACGCCUACAUUGGACCCUUUAACCCCGCCCUAUGUCAUGCAGCUUCCCUAUUGGCUCAGCAUUGGGAGGCGGGCCUUGCCUCUCCUGGAUGCCUUGCUGCUGAUUGGCCAAACCUACCUCCCAUCACUCCUCCAAGCAAAGUACUGUUCACUGUGCUCAGGUUCUUCCGCUGGGCGCACGUUGGCGUCAUCUCAGCUCCGUCUGACCUAUGGGAGAGCACUGGGCAGGAAGUGGCCUCAGCACUGAGAGCUCUGGGACUGCCCAUUGGUCCAGUGGUUACCAUGGACUCAAAGAAAAACGGCGGACCUCGUGAAGCGCUUAAAGCUAUCCGAGAGGCGGACAGGGUCAAAGUGGUGAUCCUGUGCAUGACCUCCGUCCUGAUUGGUGGAGAGGACCAGCGAGAGCUUCUAUUGACUGCACUGGAAAUGGGGAUGAUUUCUGAUGGCUACGUGUUUAUUCCAUAUGACGCCCUGCUGUACGCCAUGCCGUACCAGGAUGUGAUAUUCCCUCAGCUGACCAAUAGCACAAAGCUUCGUCAUGCCUACAGCGCCGUUCUUACCGUUACCAUGGCGUCCGACCAGAACUUCUACGAAGCUUUUCGCGAAGCUCAAAUAAAGCGUGAGAUCCGAUCAGCUGUCUCAGCCACAGAGGUGUCUCCGGUGUUUGGGACCAUCUUUAACAUGGUGUACUUCAUUGCCAAGGCAGUGGAGGAGCGUCGUCAGGCGGGGGGCGGGCACUGGGUGACGGGCACUCAGCUGGUCCACUCAGACGGAGGCUUCGACUUCCAGGGUUUCAACCAGGUGUUGUAUGGAGGAAAAGAUGGGCGUGGUCUUCAGGCCAGGUACGUAGUGUUGGACAGCGAUGGCGACCGACUCGUGCCGACUCACUCUCUCGCUCCAACCCACACGGACGGGACAGUCGGUGGUCUGAAACCACUGAGUCGCUCACUCACCUUCCCCGGAGGAAAACCCCCCACGGCCAGUUUCUGCUGGUUCGACCCGGACGAGGCCUGCAGCGGCGGUUUGGACUCGAUUACGAUGUUCUUCAUCUUCUUGUUGCUCUGCGUUCUGAUUGGAGCUUUACUCUACUGGAUCAAGAAGUACAAGAGAUCAUCAAACCUCACCAAACUAGUCCUGACUCUGGACGAUAUCGUCUUCAUCGACACGCAAGUCAGCAGGAAGAAACUCAACGACGAGUCGAUCAUGAGGAGUCUUCUGGAAAUUAAAACUCCUUUCCGGUCAAUUGCUCGAAGUUACAUCCUGACCACACCUGAGAGCUCCAAUAUCGGAAUCCUGGAGGGUGACUGGGUUUGGCUGAAGAAGAUUUCAAGUGAAAGGACGAUAACAGCCGUUAAUCCAAGCACCGAGAGUCUGUUCACCCAGCUGAGGGACAUGAGGCAUGAGAACCUGAACCUGUAUGUGGGACUGUUCCUUGACUCAGGGAUCUUUGCUCUGGUGGUCGAACACUGUCCUCGAGGAAGUCUGGCAGACCUGCUGGCUGACAGUAAUAUGAGGCUCGACUGGAUGUUCAAAAGCUCACUGCUCAUGGACCUCAUCAAGGGGAUGAAGUACCUUCACCUGCGAGGUUUGAGUCACGGUCGCUUGAAGUCCACAAACUGUUUGGUUGACGGACGCUUUGUUUUGAAAAUCACAGACUAUGGACUUCCCAUGAUCCUUCAGUCCCAGAAUAUACACCGUCCAGAAGACCCUCAAGAAUUACUGUGGACAGCUCCCGAGCUCUUGAGGAAUCCCGUUCGAGGGGGAACGUUUCACGGAGACGUCUUCAGUUUCUCGAUCAUCAUACAGGAAGUGAUCUCACGCACGCUGCCGUACUCCAUGAUGGACAUGCCGGCCCACGAGAUCGUGGAGCGUCUGAAGAACCCCCCUCCUCUCUGUAGACCUCUGGUUUCUGUCGAUGAAGCUCCUACCGAGUGUCUCAGUCUGAUGAAUGACUGUUGGAAUGAAGAUCCCAUUAAGAGGCCGAACUUUGAUGAAGUUUUCAAACAGUUUCGGGGCAUUAACCGGGGCAAGAGGGCGAACAUCAUCGACUCCAUGCUGCGGAUGUUGGAGCAGUACAGUUCAAACCUGGAGGAUUUGAUCAGAGAGCGAACAGACGAGCUGGAGGUGGAGAGGAACAAGACGGAGAAGCUGGUUGGACAGCUGCUGCCAAAGUCUGUGGCUCAGGCUCUGAAGAAAGGGAAGCCCGUGCGGCCUGAACAUUAUUCAGAUUGUACUCUGUACUUCAGUGACAUCGUUGGAUUUACGACCAUUUCGGCGCUCAGCGAACCAAUAGAGGUAGUCGACCUGCUCAAUGACCUGUACACGAUGUUCGACGCCAUCAUCGCUCUUCAUGAUGUCUACAAGGUAGAAACUAUCGGCGACGCCUACAUGGUGGCUUCAGGGGUCCCAAACAGAAACGGGAUUCGACACGCGGCUGAAGUCGCCAACAUGUCUCUGGACAUCCUGCACUCUAUCGCUGCGUUCAAGAUCAAACACAUGCCAGAGAUCAAAGUCAAAAUACGCAUCGGGCUGCACUCAGGUCCAGUGGUUGCAGGUGUCGUCGGGUUGACGAUGCCCAGGUAUUGUCUCUUUGGGGACACGGUGACGACGGCGUCCCACAUGGAAGCUACCGGGCUGCCCUACAGGAUCCACAUCAGUCUGAACACAGUGAAGGUCCUGACCAGUCUCAAACUGGGGUACCACAUAGACACCAGGAAGGCUCAGGUGAAGGGAACUUUGGACACGUACUGGCUCAUGGGUCGGGAAGGAUUCAAUAGACCACUUCCUGUUCCUCCAGACCUCACCGGAGGGGCCAGUAAUCAUGGGAUCAGCUUGGAAGAGAUUCCAAUUGCAAGAAGACAAAAGUUUCUGGAUCGACAGAAGAAGAAUAAAAAAUGA